AUGUCUGAGAAAUAAUAAUUGCCUCUUUAAUAACUUUACGAUCCUAUAAUGAUAAUGUUUAAAUAGAUUGAGGGUUAUGAACAACUUUUUUAAGAGAUGGAAGCAAGACAAAAGGAAUCCAGGAAGAAUAAAUUUGUUAUUGAGAAGUUAAUAGCUAUGCAAGAUAAGAAAAUGGUAUUUGUAUUUAAAUUUAUUCAGUAAUUAGAAAAAGAGAAAGUAGAAUUCGAUUCAUUAUAUCAGAAAUCUCAUCUGACUAGAGAAUAACAUAAACAUUUAAUUAGUCAAGAUAUAGAAGUAGAUUAAGAAUUUUAUUAAAUUUAUAAAAUCCUUGAUGAAUAAGAAAAUCUAGCUAAAGAGCUUGUUAAUUAUGAUGAUCCAUAAGGAGUGGGACCAUCACCAUUAAGAGGAUCAUUAACUGAGAAUAUUGAUAUAAUUAGAUAGGCUGCAUUAAGUAAAAUAAUAGCACAUCUAAAGAAACAUUAUGAAAUUAUUACUAUUGAUGAAUUAAAAGAAAUAAAUGAACUAUUUUACAAUAAAGUAAAUGAUUAAAUUGUAUUUGUAUUGCGAUAUAAAUUCAGCAAUCAUCUUAUACCUCUGUUAGCAGGUAUAAAUUCAAUGGAUGAUACAUCAAUAAAAACCUUUUUCAAAACAUUAGAUUAUGAAAUACAGUAAAAAUAAUUGCUUAAAUAAGAUAAUCAUUUAAGUUUACAGAGUAAAUCUUUGAAAAAAGUGCUGCUUUAAUUUUUCCAUAAGUUAUCGAUAAUAUAUGUUGUGAUUAUGCUUAAUAGUUAGAUGCAACUUUGAAAUUUGUAGAAAGCUAUUUUUUAAGUAUUAUAUUGAUUAAUAUUCUUAGUUUAUGAAGUAAAUAUAUAAAUUUAAUAAAUUAUUAAUUUCUUGAAAUCUACAAAUGCAUAAUUUUAAUGCAUUAAUGGACUAAUUAAAUUAUAAUAAUUAUGUUCUUAAUUAAAAAAUAAAAGUGUUUAAAUAAUGUCUCAUAAUUUAUAAAUAAUUAGAUUUAAUAUAGCAUAAUUUUCAUCAUAUUAACCUUUAAAAGAUUAAUUAGAUUAAUUGUAUGAUUUUUUAUAGAAAAGCAAUUCAGAAGAAAGAUAAGAAAUAUUAUCAAAUCUCUGGUAACCUUUUUAAUAAUUAAUUCAAAUGAAAUUAAAUCAGAAUAGUUAUAAUAGGUCAUCAAAAAUAUUUUCAAUUAAUGCUUUAUAAAUAUAUAUCAGUCAUUUAUAAAGUAUGAAAAUUCAAGAAAUUUAAGAGACAAUUGAUAAUUAUAUUAAAGAAUGUCAAUAACUUUUAGUUGAUUUAAUUUAAAAAUUAAAAAUAGAAAAUGUUUCAGAAAGUGCAUAGAAAUUUAAAAUUUAAUAAAGAGAUAAAAAUAAUUAAUUAUCAAAAGAUUAAUUUAAAAAAUUCUUAAGAUAAAUAGUAUAAUUAGAUGAAAAUGGAUUUAGGAAUGAUUUAUUUUAUGAAAUUGAUUUAAUUAUUAAUGAACAAAUUAAAUCAUAAAUAUAAUUAGAUAUUGCUGAAAGUAUUAAAUUAUUAGAAUAUAAUAUAGCAUUUACAAAAGAAUAUUAUGAACCAUUAUAUGAGAAUCUUUUGAAAUAUUUAAAUAAUUAAUAGAGUGAAUUUACAACAGAAGUCAUUUAAUUAUUAUGUUCAUAAUAUUCAGUUACUACAAAGGAUAUCUAUAAAAUACCAGCCUAUAUAAGAGAUCCUGCUUCUUAUAAAUUGAAUAUAAUGAAUUUUUAGAGUUUAUGA